GCUUUCAUUCGGUGUUUUUCAUUCAUCUGAGGAAAAGCAUUACGCUCGAAAUGUCACUUCUACGCCCAUUCCACCCCUGUCCUCCCCUAUUUUAUAAUUUUUUUUUUUCGAGUUCACCGGUCUCUUAUUUUUGUCUUCUUGUAUUUUGUGUACCAGGCACCCAUUGGAACUUCCCUCAACAGGAUGUGCUACGUCAUCCGGAGAGUUAAGUCAUAGCAUUUUUUUUUUUGCACUUUUAAGCAACAAUGACUUUCACGCCGAGGCAUAUAUUUCAUUUCAGUUAACACUGAGAUGCAGACUGAGCAAGUGAAUUCGCACGCAGCUGCUGUGCAGACUCGGACGUAUGCUGAUGCUGAGGUACAGGCAGCUCAAAACGAUGCGAAGAUACCUAAACAAAGGGACUGGGAUAUGACGUCGGUGGGCUCAUUCCUAAAAGAGACUUUACCACUGAUGACAGCACAGCUGCAAAUGGCGUCCAGGAGCACAGCUCUUCCACAUUACUGCCCCGUGCGUGACAAAGAUCAGCAACAACUAUCUGUAUCACCAUUGUUUCAGCUAGCCUUUCCUGCACGUCUUCGUUGCAGUGGGAUAUCGUGGAACUGUACUGGCUCUGUCGUCGCACUAUCAUGCAGUAUACCCACUCACGAUGGCUGGUGUCUGCAUGAUUCAUCUGCGUUUUUAUGGAGCUUGCAUCGUCAAACUUCAAAGGAGUGCAAGCCAAGCAGCAUUCUAAAUACAGAAGGCUGUUUGUCGGCGCUUGCAUUUCACUCGCACAAGUCUGCUAUACUUGUUGCUGGGACACUUCACGGUGAUAUCAUAUUGUGGGAUUUGGGGCGGGAUCUUGAGAACUGGAUUACUGGAUCGAAUGUCAUCAAGGGUGAACACCACGACGCUGUCACGGGCGUACAUUGGAGUACAUAUGUUGAUACAGCGGAUUCGUUUCUUAGCUGUAGUCUGGAUGGAAGAAUAUUGUACUGGAAGCUCAUUCAUCCUAGCCAAAAACCAGAACCAAAAGAGCGGUUUAUAAUCACCACAGACAGUAUGCCCCAAAGCAUGAAUAUCAAGUCCGGGGCGAGCAGCAGCUCUGCUAUAGGAGUGACAUCGGUUUCUCUGAACCAGUUCGACCCUUCAUUGUUCGUCAUUGGAACAGAAGGAGGCGCGGUGCUCCAAGGGUCCCUCAACUCAUCGAAACACUUGCCAUACAUAAGUGGGUCUCUAGAUGAAGGUUACAAGUGCCCAGUAGUGAAGGGGUUUCACCCCCACAAGGGCCAUGUCAUAAAAGUCUGCUAUUCGCCAUUCUCAAGAAAUGUCUUCCUGUCCUCCGGUGUUGAUCAGACAGUGAAAGUCUUCAGCCAUAUGCAGGCACAACCAACUGCCGUUAUCCAAAUGGCACAUGAAGUAGCAAGUGUGCAGUGGUCUCCUAAAACACCAGUGAUGCUGACAGUCCUUCAACGCGAUGGACACAUUAAGUUUUUUGAUAUUCGGUCACUGUCCAUACCUUAUGCGGAGAUUGAAUCUGGUAUUCAGCAUUGUACUGCGAGUGCACUACAGUACUGCCAAAACCAACCAGACCUGUUGUGUGCCGCUCGAGAUGACGGCUCUGCAGAGGUAUGGCAACUUGGUGAGAACUUUGUCUGUGAAACAGAUUUCCUUCAAGUUGAGUCAACAAUUUUGCUGUAGAAUAUACUGAAACUACUCGUGUAAUCUUUUCACUUAUUUUACGGGCAUUAAAAGCAUUUAUUUUGCAUAGA